CCAUGCUUCUCCUUCAAUUUCACCCCCGCGCGACAAUGUGGUGACUCCCCCCUAUUCGAUUCCCGAGCUCCAGAAGUAACGUCUGUUGUCCACAGAACGUGACUCAAGACAUCCCGCUGUCCGGACAUUUUGCAGGGAGCUGUAUGAGAAUUUCCUACACUAACGUUGCUGUUCUGCCAAUCCUAGCUUGUCCACUCGAUUUGUAUUUGUUCAUACUCGUCUGGCCCUGCAUAUUCGCUGGCAGGACAGGAAAAGGAGGACAGACCUUCAAGAAUCUGUUGAAACGCUGAGAAACGUGCCUCGGUAUUCUGACGGUCGGCUCCGUUUGCAGUAGAGGACACAGAACUCUCAUUCGUGUGCCACUGGUUCUGGUGAGAGAGAAGCCACGCCUCGGGGGAUGAAGCCGGAUGGGGUUGCCAUGGCUACCAUGGAGCCCACAGAAGCACUAGGAGCUGAACCCUCCCAGCCGGUAACGUCCGUUUUGGUGAUGGAGGAGGAGGAGGUGCCGCAAGAAGGCUCCCCCCCAACGCAACCCGAGGAGCAGGCCCGAGGCGCCACAGCGCCCCCCGCCGCCAAGGAGGGCAAUGGCAAGGCAGCAGAGACCAAAGACAAGCCCAAAGGUACAACCAAGGCCCGGCCCGGCACGGGUGGCACCGCCGGCGCCAAGACCACGAGCCAGACGAGACCCAGCACUCGCCCGGGCACCGCUCAGAGCCGUGUGAUGAACGGAGUCAAGCCCUCAACCAACGACCUGACCAAGAAAACCGCACCGGACAAGAAGAGAACUACAACUACCACAAGUACUGGAGCGUCAUCGGCCACCGCAGCUAAAAAGCCAGUGGGCGGAGCCACAGCUGCUGCUUCCUCGGUCAGGACCCAGACCAAGGUGACUGACAGGAAGCAUGUGGGAGUGCCCCGGACCAACUCUGCUGCUACCGCAGCAACCAACGGUACCAAGACAACCACAGGGAAUGGUACUCUAAGCAAGAGACCAACGACUGGACCAGUUAACGGGACCAGACCUAAAACUACAGCUCCCAGGCCGACAUCUGCCCCGAAGCCCAGCACUUCCGUAGCCAAACCAGACAGGACGACGGUUCCCAAGGCAACCAGACCUGCCACCCAGCCACCUACAUCUCGCCCGGGCGUCUCCACGGCCACAUCCAGGCCACCAGGCACCUCCACCACGGCCAGGCCUCCUGCCCAUAGACUAGGUGCCACAGCCCCCCCUGCUGGCAGGACCACAGUAGCACAGUCAUCCAAACCCACCACUGCUAAGAAAGAUGUUACCAGACCACCAGCUAAAAAGCCUGUGGCGUCGGCCACUACCAAACCAGAUGCCCCUAAACCGACCACUGCCCCCAGAUCAGACACAGUCUCCAAGCACCCCACUCCCUCCAAGACUGCCGACCUCAAAACAGCCAGGCCCCAAGCCACACGGAAAGCACCCCCUACCGCCCGGCCACCUGCCACCCGACAGCCCCUGGGCCGGACCCCACCUGCUUCUCCCAUUACCAAGCCGGCCGCCGGCAGCACCGCUCAGGCGAUCAAACGCACCUCCAAGCCCACCCAGUCUGUCGUGCCGUUCUCGAUCACCAAGAAGCCUCAUGGCACAACAGCGACAGUGGCCGUUGCGGCGGCCGUUGUGGCCGUUGUCUCUGCAACUUCCACGGAGCCCGAGGUGGCAGCACAGGCAGAAGCGGAGGAAGUAUCACCGGAUGUCCCAUCAGCCCCUGUCCCAGCUCUGAUCACCGUGUCUCCUCCCUCUCCUUCCCCCGUGGAGGUCACUCCACCCGGGUACCACGACACCCCAGCAGAAGAUCUUUCCUCCCCUCCACACAGCCCCAUCAUGUCAACAGCCAGUCUGCAGCAGGAUCCAAUACUUGCUGCUGUCCCCCUCAGUCCAGAACAGGAACCAAGACCUUUCCUAGCAGGACCUACCCCAGCUGUGGCCUCACUUGUAGAGUCAACAAAGUCAGAGGAGCCUGCACUGCUAAUGCCCGAGGUGUUAGAAACCUCCUCACCGGUAUCUCUCGAGGCUUCUGCCCCUCAAGGGGACGGUAUCUUCAAGGCCAACCUCAAUGAGGAUGAUGAGGAUGAGGAUGAUGAAGAGGAGGAGAGGGAAGGCAGCCAGCAGGUGUCUGUGUCAGACAUGAGCGGUACCCAGCCCACAGAGGAAUCCCGGCCCGGUUCGGCAGGGCCCGCGGGAGGGUCGGCGUGGCGAGGGGGCGGCGCUCUCCUAUCGGAGCUUGACUCCGAGGACGUGAGCUGCAGCCAACAGGGGGCGUCCGAGUUGAGCGCUCCAGGGGUCUUGGAGGGCACGGAAAGCAUGGACGACCUGGGAGACGCUAGCCUGAAGGGGGCCAUCGUGGACAUGGAAGGUGCCUCAGCUGGCUCCCCCGACUUCGAGAAGGUGCCGGACAUCCCCACGAACGAUUUUGAGGAGGAUGAGGACGAAGACGAGGACGAUGACGAUCGAGUGUGUGAUAUGGAGGUUGGGUCAGAGAGAGCGGAGGACCCGAGGAGGGUGAGGCAUGAUGAGGAGGAGGAGGAUGAAGAUGUGGAAAUGGCCAGCGAGGGCGUGACUGAGAGCGGGCUGGAGAGCUACGGGAACGCUGACGAAGAUGACUUUGCUGAAGAUGAGCGGUUGGACAACCUCAAUCGUGCUGCCCUGCUUAACCCUGCCCCCCUGCUGCCCUCGGCCGCGCAAUGGGACCAACCAAACAAUCCCUGGGCCCAGUCAUUCCAGCCAGCCCAGAAUGCCUCAGCACCUCUGUUAGCCCCCGCCAGCCCUUCAGUAGACGCCUGGCAGGCGGACUCUGAAACCCCAACCCAGUCUCCCGCCCAAGCCUGGCUAGAGCUGGGCUCAGCCCCCUUUGUUCCCCAAAAACCAGCUCUCCACAUGCCUUCAGCUAGCUUGCCGAAACUUAGUCCUGCUCAAGGCCCGGAUGAGGAGCACCAGCCUGGCCUGGGCCCCAUGCAGACCCUGGCCCCCGCACCCAUCUCUGGCCCGUUCAUGUCCCAGUCCAGCACCUUCAGCGGUGCCGACCUGGCUGCCCAUAGCAGCAGUGAGACCAGCACGCCAGAGGAGCUGCGAAACUACAACAAGGAGGGUAAGCUCCAUGAUGGGCAGGCCCCUGCUCCGGUGCUGUCCCUCCAGCCUGACCCAGAGGACCAGGACUUGGGCAUCCACCUGGACCGAGGGGAUGGGGAGGAAGAGGAGGCAGAGACCCUUCCCGCAGACGAGGUGCUGGGCGGUCCUGCUACGGCCCCCAUCUCGAACCCCUCGUCCUCAUCCACCAGUGAGGACGAGGCCAGUGACACGGAAGGCGAGGCCCAGCUGGAUGAGCCUCUGGAGGACGGCGGUAUCGUCAACGCGGCUUUCGAAGCCAAGCCUGCCGCCGCCCAGCGCUGCCUGUCUGCUCUGGAGGAAGGAGAAGAAGCGAUCGGCGAGGAGUGGGGCAGCGACACACCGCAUUCAGCCAACUCGGCUGCAUCCUACGGCUUCGAAACGACAACCACGGCGUCCAGCUCCAACGCCCACUCCACGGGCGAGAGCUGCGCCAAGAGCCCAGGCAUCUUCUCCCUGGAGGAGCUGCCAGAGGAAGACAAGGCUCCAUCCCUCAUCGGGGAGCCGACCUCCCCACGGCAGCCCUCCUCGGGUGAGCCCCUCGUAGACCUCCUGCCUCUGGGCGGAGAGGGGGGUGGUUCUCACCCUGAUGAGCAUCACUAUAUGCUGUGUGGGAGGCAGGGAGCGGAGCUGGGGGAGUUCGGGGACCUGGGGGGGUCCCUGGACCCCUCUCUGUCUCUGGGCUCUCGGCACCCAGAGCCUGGGCCUGAUGCUCAGCCGCCCUACUACUCUGCCAUCUGUGAAAAGACUGAGAACUCUCUGGCAGGGCUGAACGCGCUACCCCACAAGCACCGCCGUGACCCUGCCGCCCCCAAAUCCCACUGUGACGUUGUGACCCCGCCCAGGCUGACCUGCGCAGACCUGCCCCCCAGGAUCCCCUGCCGCCAGGCCAGCCCCCAGCUCCGCCGCCUAGAGCAGCACCAGCAGCAGCUGCUGGAGAUGCAGCAACGCCGGGAGCAGCAUAGCAAGCCGAAGGAAGGCGUGGAGGAGAGGCAGAUGAAGCAACAAGAGGAGGAGGAGGAGGGGAGGAGGAGGGAGGGGGAGGAGCUGAGACAGAGGGAGGAGCUGGACAAGCAGAGGAGGGAGCUCCAGCUGCAGCUGCAGCAGCAACAGCAGGAGCUGAAGCAGAGGCAGCAGAUCAUGCAGUGGCAGCAGGAGUUGGAGCAGCAGACUCAACAACAACCAGCAGCAGCAGGCCAGAAAGGCCAGUCUGCCGUCCUGCUGUCUCCUUCCUCCGGGCUCUGCACCAUCUACGAAGCACUGGAGAAUAGCGAGGAGGAGGAUCAGGAGGAGGAUGAAGAGGACGACCAUGUAGUAAAGGAACUGAGCAUGGAAGAGAACAGCGAUCUAACGCCAACUCUGAAGGAUGGCGACGGCCAACAAGAGAGGGCGUCGUUCAACGAAGAGGGAGAAGACACAGACCCUUCCGUCACCAGCUCCUGUCAAACCACGCCCCCUCCGGACUCCCCCCCUCAGGUGGAGCCCCGGCACUCCUCUCACGGAACGGAGAGCCCCGAGGGCGAGUCCCCUCCCCCUCCAGAGUCCCCGGAGCGGCCCCCUCCCCUGGACCUGGACUGGGGGAAGAAGGUGGACAUCGUCCAGCAACUCAUCAACCAGACCCUUCUGCUGGCCGGGGACGGCUGCUCUUCCCUGCUCCUUCUUCCAGGGGGAGGGGGAGGCACCCUGAGCCCCCUGGAAAGCAGCCUCUGGCCCAAUCUGCUGCCCCCCCUCACCCCCCCCUCGGCCACCAUCACCUCCGUCAGCAGCUUCUCCCCAGAGGCUCCGGGGAGCUCGCCACAGGGAGAGUGGACGGUGGUGGAGUUGGAGACCCACCACUGAGGGACCGUACAUGUUGAUACGCACACAGAGCACAUGGAAGCACAUAUUUACACUUUUUAUUUUUUUUUGUACCAGGGAUGGAGACACACACGAGUGGCGCACGCACAUAUAUUCACGCGUACCUAUGGUUGUGCGGAAGAUUCAACUUUGACUCUUUAUUCAUAUGCACACACCUGCACCGUUUCAUGGUACUAGGGUUUGUCACAUCACUGCUGUUCACACGCUAGACUACUGCAACGCAACACUAUGUGACCUUUUACACUGUAACCCAAUACCUGUAUUACCUCAUUUGUGCCAUCACAACUGCAUCACCACAAGUACAACACUGAUACACGACACUGAUAUCACUAAUGCGCACACACACAGGAUAGCCGUUCGAUGGGUGGCAUAAGAUAUGCAUUUGGUCAUAACACACACACACAGUACUGACUACUCUCCUGCACCUGUCUGUUUCAUGCCAAACCAAUGUGCCAUGCUAAGCUACACACCCACAGCGCCAAAAAGUCAGUUGAUCGAUUAGGUUCAAAUAGAAGGCGGUGCAUUCCAUGUACUUUAAACUAGUUCACUGGGUAAUUGUGGUGUUUAGGCUAUAGCAGCUAUAAAUGCUCCCUUGUUUUUUUUACUGAAGCCAAAAGUUAUGGUAAUUUGACCGUUAGGACACAACUACUGUUUAUUACACAGACGAACACUGAAGAGGUUUCACUACUGACUUGGCAUAGAAUGAUUGCAAUUUAUAGAUCUCAGCAUGAAGUGUCGGUACUAGACCCGUGUUCCUCUUUGAUACUGCUGACAAACUGCACAUGACUUUGUAUGGACUCUGAAUCUGUCACUCGAUGCCUGCUGUGAACUCCGGUUGAUUGAUCUGACCUCCAUAGGGCCAGAUUGUUGCUGAGGACAUGUCCCACUAGAGAAGCCUUCUGCUAGCUGUAGCUCAAACCACUCGUCGGCAAUAUUUAUUAUUCUAUUAUUAAUAAUAAUUUCUGAAUUUGAAAUGAUUAUUUAUUGACAAUGUAGACCAUUUUUCCUGGGUGGUGUUUUCAAGCACUAUUGGCUAUAAUGCGGUUCUAAGUAAGGUCAAAGGUGAUGCGGAAAUGACGUUAUGAUGUUUGUUGUAGGAAUCGGUUUGGUGAAAGCUAGCAUGUUGUCCCCAUCUGAGUGUAUCCCAGGGUGACCCCUCUCUGUGGGUACAAAUGCAAAAUGGGUGUAGUAACAGGCGUGCUGGAAUGAUAUGAAGACAUGGGAGAAAUUAGCUGGGAGAUUUGAAUGGCUCAGUGUCCAGCUGCACAAUGACUCUUGAGUACAACACUUAAACUCUGGGUCGGACCGAUUCUGCUGUGAGGUUGGUGCGUCCAGUCCAAAGGAGGAAGUAAGGAUGUAGCAAAGGAUUGAAGAGGGGAAAGUAUGAAACUGUUCAACUCUAAUAUUGUGGUAUUGAACUGGUGGUAUGUUUGUAAGUUUUGUGUGUAUCUUGUCUGUCUGUUUGUGUGGAAAUGUAUUCCCCAAAAUAUUAAUAAUUUUAGCUGCCUCAGUGGAUUGUGUUGGUGGUAAUUGAAUCAUUAUUAUGUUAUUGUAAUUAUCAUGUCCAUUCAGGUCAUAAAAUGAAGGCACAUAGACUACGAAGAAAACUACUUGUGUUUUUACAAAGAAGACUUUGUAUGAUGAAAUAUGAGGACAGGUUGUACAAGGACUUAAACUGUUUAGAUGAUGGUUCAUCUUGUGAGAGCAGUUCCACCAGGACUUGACAUGAAGAACUAGGGUACGAUGAGCCACUCUUUUUGUAGCACAUUGGGAUGGAUGACACUGCUUAGUCAUGAACCGAGGGACUUGACAAGCAAAAUGCCCUUUACUGAGGGUGGGCUAGGCUAGGCUAGCCAUAGUGUCUUAAUUUACAGCUGUCCCACAGUAAAGGCAAGAGGCAGGCGCUUGCCAGGAGAGAACUCGGGUACAUUCCAAUUUGAAGGUCGGCCAUCUUUGGGCCCUAGCUGGUGGACAGCAAGUGUAUCAGUGAAAGCUGGCCUUUUAUUCUCUGUGAUUUUUAAGUGUAAUUAUUAUAUAGUGUUUUGUAUUUCUGUAGUGCAUAUUAUUGAAAACGCCGAUAAUUUGAGCCUGUUCAUGGCAAUGAAGGGAAAUCACUGGAAUUUAUUUUGUACUGUAGAGAUAUCUAGAUUUAUGGUAGACUAUGAAGAGUAAGAUUUUAUUUAUAGAUGCAAAUCAUUUUAGGAAAUGAAGGAUACAAUUGGUUAACUAAAAUCUGAGCUGCAGAUUGAAAUGAGUCAAUAGCUUUUUAUUUUGUCAGUUUUAUUGAAUGCAAUUUGGCCUGCCUUUCUGAUGUGUUCAGCUAUUGAACAGGGAAUUGGGUCUGUGUGCUUGGGCUGCCAUGCCCCACACAAUAUUUGAUGUCUAAUUUGGAGAUCAAUCACAGAAUUUGCCUUACAGCAUCCUGGUCAUAUCUGAAAACAACUGAUACUUUUGUAACACACAAACCCACCUACUAACAUAUUAUACACACACACGUUAUACUAGUACUGCAAUUUAUGGAAAAUUACCAAUUUUGUAAAGUUUUGUAAUUUAUUUAAAAUGAAGAAAACCACUUGUGUAAUUUCUGUGAAAGUUUUGUGGAAGACAUUUAGGCAUUUUUACACAUUGUGGGGCUCAAUCAUGGCAGCUCGUAUUAUCCCUGAAGUUUUGAAUUUGUGAAUGUGUUUGUGUAAUUACUUUGAUGCAUUUACCUCUAUGAAAAUAAACUUUUCCAAAACAC